AUGGUGAAGAUGAUACUGCUACGACUGUUGAUGGUCUUUGUGAUGGCGGGUUUGGUGCUCGCAAAUACCGAGAAAACCAUCUUCGUCGCCAUCGACCACGCCCCGAAUCAGAAACACCACGACAACCGUCCGGUGGUGAAGCCAAACAUCCCGCUCCGAGUCCACCUCGACCGCGAAGACUGGACCGUACAAGACGGUGCCGAACUGUGGUACACCCUCGACACAACCCCAGGAACACGUUACGAAGUCCGCGUAUGCUGGCCCGCAACCACCCCCACUGACUUCCACUUCUCCCUCAGCAACAACGAAGCGCUGAGAAUACAAGCGAUACCCUCCUACCGCUCUUACCUCCCCACCUACUCCCUCUCCCCACCUCCACUGGAUUUCGAUAUCAUCCUCGAUCCCUUUCUGUGGGGUAUGAUACCGAGGAGUUUGCUGGGUACGUUGGGGUGGGUUGUGGCGGUUGUGGGGGUUAGUGUUUGGGUUAGUGUGAGGGUGGUGUGGAGACUGCUGAAGAGCGUGGUACGCGAAAGAGAGAAGGUGGAGUGA